UUUGCUUUCCCUUCCCUCCUUCCCUUAGCCAUCUCUCAUUUCACUUUCUUCCUUUUGUUUUCAUCUGUGACCUAAUUCUCUAUCUCUCUUCUUCUUCUUCUUCUUCUUCUUCUUCAUCUUCUUCUUUCUCAUCCUAUUCCUCAUUCCAUCUCUCUUGAUCUAACCCUUUCAAACACGAAAUCUUGACACAAAUUUAGGAAAUAGUUUGUGGGAUUUAAGAAUCUGAUCUUGCAAAGAUUUCUGUUUUUUGUUUUUUUUUGGGUUUCUUUUUAAAUUUUGAAGAUCAUGACUCCUUCUAAUUUGGCAAGUCAAUUUGGUGAUACCACUUAUACUAAGGUAUUUGUUGGUGGGUUGGCUUGGGAAACUCACAAAGACACUAUGAAGAAAUACUUUGAACAAUUUGGUGAUAUCUUGGAGGCUGUUGUUAUUACUGACAAGGCCACUGGUCGAUCCAAAGGCUAUGGAUUUGUCACGUUUCGAGAACCCGAUGCCGCCAUGAGAGCUUGCGUUGAUGCCGCUCCGGUCAUCGAUGGCCGACGAGCCAAUUGCAAUCUUGCUUCUCUUGGUGUUCAAAGAUCCAAACCUUCCACGCCUAAACACGAGAAAAAGAAAUGGGAAUUGACAGGAGGAGGAGGAGGAGGAGGAGGAGUAGGAGGAAGAAAUUUUAGGGUAUUGAGCUCAAAUUUCCAGACUGGUUUUGGAGGGAAUGUUGGAUCAGCUUUUCAUUCACCAACAACUUUCCCUCAUUAUGCUAUCCACCAAGGGAUCCCUUACAAUCUCUAUGGGUACUCUUCCUAUUCGCCCGACUACACUUACCCCACGAGCUAUUACAAUGUGUACGGCGGGGCAACUGCACAGUACCCAAUGUACGGUACGGGUCCCGGCGGCAUAUUGAGCGGAGCGGCGGCAGCAGCAGCGGCAUUCUACCCUUAUUUCCAAUUCGGGGAAGGCAGCGGUGGCGGUGGUUCAGGGCAGCACGGGUAUGGGGUUCAGUACCCUCACCAUCUGUUUCAGUACUCGACGGCGAUUAAUUCAAGUGCUGCAACAACUUUCUCUCAGCAUUAUGCUGCUCCUCCUAUGUCUCUGCCUCCCACGCCCCCCACCUUGCCAUCAGUGUUUUUUGCUAUUCCACAGGCGUGACCAUGGCUCUUCCUGCACCAAUCCCACAUCGCUAGAGACAACAAAUCUCAUCAUCUUCAAAAUUCCUUCAAAUUUGUCCCCUCACUCAUCACUUAAAUUCAACUCAGCCUUCGCCCUAACCAUGGUUAAGUCAAUCUCUUUCUCUCUAACUCAUGCCUUUACAGGCCAAUCCGAGCCCUCCAUAGGGGCUUCCUCAAUCCAACCAUACCAAAUCUCACCCCUCCAAAAUUGGAGCAAAAAUCAUGCAUUUCUAUUUUUUUUUUAUUAAUCAUAUUAAUUAGGGUUUAGAGAAAAAGAAGGGUGAAAGUGGUUCCUUUUAUCAAGAGAACCAAAACCCACUUUGUGAAAAAAAAAAAAAAAAAAAAACCAAUUUAGGUCAUCAAGGGAAUUGGCCUUUAAGUUGGUGAAAUUUGCACAUAACUUUUGUUUUUUAAUCUUCAAAGCCUAGGAAAGACUUUAAGGAUAUAACAAAAAUGAAAAACAUUUUUCCCAAAAAAAAAAAAAAAUCAUUGUAUAUUUUAUUCUAAAUACCACACCCUCCUUUUUCUCAAUUCCAUCACUUUGAAAAAAUUGGACUGAAAAAAGGGUAAUAUUUUUCUAAUCAUCAUUGUAAUUAAAUUUCAAUUAGGGAGUAAUUAGAUGGAGAACUUUUCAAGAAAUUGGUGGGGGCAAGGGCUGCCCCUACCUUUGUCUUAAAAUAGUAGUAGUUUUUUCAAAGAUUAGGACCAAUCACCAAUCUUUAAAUUUUUCCUCUUUAGUUUAGUGGAAUUUUUUUUUUUUUACCCAAUUAAUUUAGUUGACAUAUUAUUUCCCUUUGGUUUGGGGAAUAAUACUAAAUCUCUUUGAUUAAUUAACCCUUAGCACAUUAGUUAUUUCUUGUAAUUAAAAUUUUCACCAACAAUCGUGGUUGAACUUAUGGGAGUUUACAACCAUGUUUAUUUUUGGUAAACCAAAGCACAAAUAUUGCUUUUUGGUUUAACUUUUUUUUUUUUUUGGUGCAUUUAGGUUUCAUAAUUAGAAAUUAAUUAGGGAUUAGGGUUUAAGCAUGUCAUGAUUUUGAGAUUCCAUUAAUGGAUAUUGGAAGUCUCAAAAUAAGCAUUUUGCAUGUUAGCCCUUGGGAGAUAUUUGGGUUCCCUUUGGCUUCUUCUUUCACACUAACCCUACCAACCAACCAACCAACCAACCAUGGUUAGGACUUAGGUCAACUUCAUUUCUCUCUUUCUUCACCAUGUUGCCUUUUCAUAAUUUCUUCACUAUUCCCAUUUUACCCUCUUUCAUGUCAUCCCCAAUCAUCUUCCUUUGGCUGUCUUCUUCUUCUUCUUCUCUUCUUCAUGUGUCUGUGUGUUCAAGUUAGCACUUUCUCUUCAUGGAGUAGGUGGGACCUUGGAAACACUUUUUCUUUUUUUUUUUUUUUUUUUAAUUUUUUCUUUAAAAAAAGGGCCUUUUUCCUUUUUUUUUUUUUUUUUUCUUAAUGUCUUUUCAUGGUUUGUAAUGUAAUUAGAUGCUUUAAUUACUAUCCUUUCUUUUAUGUCAGGACUUCUACUAAGAUUCAGUUCUUCAUCAGCUGCUCCUUUGCAGCUGCUUGAAGAAUAACCUAUGUACCUCAAUAUUAAUUGCUUCUUUCUUUCUGCUC